CAAACUUUACUUCAUUCUAAAAACCAAACAGAUGCAUACUGGUCAAUCGAUAGCUGCGUAUUUAUCAAUUAGAAAUGGCAUACUUCGUCAGCAGUAAAACGGAUCAAAACUACUACUUCGAAGACUCAAUUGCCUACACAAAGGAUAAGGAAAUUGCGCGAUGCCCCAUCCAAGCUAGUGGAGAGCACUUUGUGCUCUCACUUUGCCGAAUUUGGACACGUGCUGCAAAUCCAGACGGUUCGGUUUAAAAUACGUGCAUCAAUGUUCCAAAGUGGCUCUGUGCUUUAUGCCAACGAUAAAGAUGCGGCCAUAUAAGUGUGACUUGCUUCUUGCUUAUAAAGACCUCCAGGGCCCUCAUGAGCACUCACAUGUUGAAUGGUGUCAUAUUCAUGGUACAGCCCAGCGACAGUUGGGAACAGCCGGACGCCUACGGAACCCCUGAGGAAGAGGUGAACCACCAGGGACCGUCGCCCAUCUUGGCCCUCAAUGACGAUUGUUUGGAGCACAUUAUGGCCAAACUAGGACUGCAAGAUCGACUGCGAUUUGCUAGGUCGUGCCUGCGCUUUAGGGCGAGCUUCCAGGCCUCAGCCAGUCUGCACACAUCUCUGGACUUGAGUCAAUUCAGGGGCUUGACCGUAUGGGACAUUCGAGACUUCUUUCAACUAUUUGGGGCUCAUAUACAGACCAUGACCGGUGUCUUUAAAACGGACCACUCGGAACGGCUGGCCGAAUUCAUACGAGAUUAUUGCAGCAGUCUGAGGAGCAUGCAGGUGAUUUGCAACCCUCAACUCGGUCUUCACUUGCACACUAUGAUUGCCAAUAAGAGUCAGCUGGAGGAGUUACAGCUGUCCAACUCAGAUAUAGACGACGAAGCGCUUUUCGAUCUGCAAGACCUGAUCAAUUUAAGGAAAUUGAACUUGAGCCGGGGUACACUUACGGGGUACACUUUGGAUAAGCUACCGAUCUCCGUCGAGGAAUUGGUACUUGACGAAUGCCCCUACUUAAGCGAUACAUACCUGACCGAUAUGUGCUUGCGUUUGCCCAAACUGAGGAAGCUGAGCAUACGGAACGUGCUGAAAUCGUCAUUUAGAAUUUUCGAAACCAUGGAGAAGGAGAGUUCCUGUCCUUCGCUGGAGGUGCUUCGGAUUACAAUUGCCUAGCCUGAAGAACUUGACCAUAAGUAGCCCUCACGAUUUUGAUGUCGACCUCAAGUUCCAAGAUCUUAUUGCUCAACUGGUUGAACACAAGUCGGAGCAGCUGGAGCACUUGAAAGUACUUGGCUUUUACUGUGUACCCAGGAAACAACAUCUACAACUUGCCAAGCUUGGUGAACUUCGUGUCCUACACCUGCCACACACAGUCCUGACCGACGAUGUGCUCAAGGAGCUCGCGAAUCUAAAGAAAUUGGAAAAACUCAGCUACACGCACCGCAGCGAAAGUUACUCAGCGAUUCUCCACCUGUUCCGCGUCUGCCCUAGAUUGAGCCACCUGCGGCUGGAAUAUUGUUACGCGCCAAACGCAAGUGUGAUACGGGGCAUCGUAGCCCAAGUGCGCCGGGAAAUCGCAAGCAAUGAGAAUCAGAGGAAGUUGCCUAUCGAACUGUGGUCGCGUAUGGAUGAGGAGCACCUGGAAAUGGUUCCAAAUACUGAGUUCGAAGGUAUACUUCAAAGGGAAUUCACAGUCUAUUGAAUGAUUUCUGAGGGAUGAUCUCCAGCGAAGAGGAUUAAAUUUUUGCUUUUAGUUAACAUAACAAUGCUGCUCAAAACUUUAAGAAAAUUUGUUAAAAACUGUUUGCCAAAUAUUUUAAUUUUGUGUUGAAAAGAA